AUGUAUUUCUCUCUCCUAGGCUACCCGUCACUACGUAUUGAGAAGAACGACCUGAGAAGUGUUAGCCUGCUGGAAGCCAAAGCCAAGGUCAAAGACAUCUCCAUCUCCAGACUGAGAGUCACUCUACGGGACGUCCUGCACGAAGGAACAUUUGGCCGCAUUUUCCAUGGUGUUCUGUUGGAUGAGAAGGACCCGGCCAAGGAGAAGCAGUGCUUUGUGAAGACUGUAAAAGACCAUGCCUCUGAGGUGCAGGUGACCAUGAUGCUGACGGAGAGCUGUAAACUACGAGGGCUUCAUCACAGGAACCUGCUCCCCAUCAGUCAUGUGUGUACAGAGGAAGGAGAGAAGCCGAUGGUACUACUGCCCUAUAUGGACUGGGGUAACCUCAAACUGUUCCUGAGACAGUGCAAGCUGGCCGAGGCCAACAACCCACAGGCCAUCUCCCAGCAGGACUUAGUCCACAUGGCAAUACAGAUAGCAUGCGGGAUGAGCUACCUGGCCAGAAGAGAGGUCAUCCACAAAGACCUGGCCUCCAGGAACUGUGUUAUUGACGACAGCAUGCAGGUGAAGAUCUGUGACAACGCCCUGUCCAGAGACCUGUUCCCUAUGGACUACCACUGUCUGGGAGACAACGAGAACAGGCCGGUCCGCUGGAUGGCCCUGGAGAGCCUGCUCAACAAUGACUUUUCUAGUGCUAGUGAUGUGUGGGCGUUUGGUGUGACCCUGUGGGAGUUGAUGACCUUGGGACAGACCCCCUACGUCGACAUCGACCCCUUCGAGAUGGCAGCCUAUCUGAAGGAUGGAUACAGAAUAGCACAGCCAAUCAAUUGUCCCGAUGAACUGUUUGCGGUGAUGGCGUGUUGCUGGGCCCUUGAUCCAGAGGAGAGGCCUAAGUUCCAACAGCUGGUCCAGUGUCUGACGGAGUUCCAUGCAGCGUUGGGGGCAUACGUGUAAAAUCUAGCCUCAGGCUUCUGUACGGACCAGGCCCGAAGGACCAGCAGGCCCAGGAGUUACUGAACAGCACUAAUCACCACGAGGAAUACAUUUACAAACCUUGUGCCUUAUUAAAAAGAAAGCACAGACUUUCAUCGUCAUGACAAUGUUUUGUAAAGGAUAGAUUUUUUGUAUUUUUUUUGUACGUAGUUGGAUCACAUUUCCGUUGUGUCGUCGAAGUGGAAAUAAUUGGUAUUUCUGGGGAUUUGUGGAGGCUUCAAGCUGUUCUCUCAGCCAAGUACCAAGGAUUCUCUUUCUGAGGUUGUCAUAUUUCCCAGCAUGCAUCACAAGAAUAGAUCUAUACCAUGAAAGAAAACCCCACAUGGACGUCACUGCACACAUCACUCUUUUGGUAAAAAAAAAUGUGCCAACAAGUCGUUGCCGCCAUUUUCCUAAACGACUACGCUCUGAGGACCUGUUUUUAAAGACACACCAUGCUAAUAUGUUGUUUUUGUUGUUGUUGUUGUUGUUGUUGUGUUUUAGAGAAUUAGAGAUGUUCAGUUGUGGUUGUAGAUCUGUUUUCAGUGCGAGGAUGACAACACACCAGAUUAAGCUUUAAUGUACAGUACAGUGUGUAGGGUACCAAAAGUGGACAGAGGGUUUGCUUCUCAAAUUGCACCCUCGUCCCCUACAUUGGCCUCCACAUAGACCUCUGGUCUAAUGUGGUGCACUAUAUAGGGAAUAGGGUGGCGUUUUGGGACUUGGAUAGAGCUUUGUCUGUUUACUAUAGAGAUGCUUGUUUCUUUCUGUCAUGGCGUGAUCAACUCAAGGUCGGUACGGCAGGCUUUCUCGGGGGAUCGACACGGUCAGACGCCAAGGCCGAGGCAGAUCUAAUCUGCUGGACAUCUUUUGGAUAAUGACUCGUCUCGUCUGUUGCUGAUCUCCACCUGAAGGACCCUACUGAACAUUUGUACUUACACACAUUGGUUUCCCUCUUCCUUGGGAGACAUGCCAUUGGAGCGACGAGCGUAGCUGACGACACUGAUCUCCUCAGCAUCUGUUCAAGUCAGUCGACCAGCCUGGGUGCCUGCUACAGGACUGCGCCGGUACACUACAUACCGCUAAUGGAUUUCAGAGAUGUAUGCUAAUGGAUGGUGUUAUCCACCAUUGUUCUCCUUUUGGAUGUUCAUUAUCACAACUGUCAAUUCCAAUCUCACAAAUAUCUGAGUAAGGAAUAUCUAACAAGGUUUUCAUCAUUAUUAUUAUUAUUGUUGUUAUUGUUGUUAUUCUUCCUUGUUUUUUGACUUUGACGGUUCUGUCAGAACAAAAACCCAGGUUUCCCAAACACACGCUGUUUUGAGAAUGAGAAAAUAUUCAUUUAUACUAGAACACUAAUAAUCACUGUGAAUAUCUGAAUAACUGCCAAUCUGGCAACUACAUUACCAACCUGGCAACGUUAUGGCCAAGCUCUGGUCCAAGGCGUGACGUGCUGCUUGUUCAUGCUGAGCCCUUUGACCAGAACAAUAUCACACCAACUUGGCAACAUUAUGCCCAAGCUCUGGUCCAAGGCGCGACGUGCUGCUUGUUCAUGCUGAGCCCUUUGACCAGAGCAAUAUCACACCAACCUGGCAACAUUAUGGUCAAGCUCUGGUCCAAGGCGUGAUGUGCUGCUUGUUCAUGCUGAGCCCUUUGACCAGAGCAAUAUCACACCAACCUGGCAACAUUAUGGCCAAGCUCUGGUCCAAGGCGUGACGUGCUGCUUGUUCAUGCUGAGCCCUUUGACCAGAACAAUAUCACACCAACCUGGCAACAUUAUGGCCAAGCUCUGGUCCAAGGCGUGACGUGUUGCUUGUUCAUGCUGAGCCCUUUGACCAGAACAAUAUCACACCAACCUGGCAACAUCUUGGCCUAAUCUUAUUUUCACAUCUAAAAUCUGUCUGAUUUGUCUUUAAAAUCACUGCAUGUUAAAUUUAAGGGUGUUCAUUCUGUCAACUGAAAUUCAUACAAAUUAAACGGGAACCUUGAAAAUAAACAGGCUUUUCAUUUUUCUUA